AUGGUGGAUGCUAUGAAGAUUUCACUGCAACUAGCUACAGUACCCAUUGCUCUACUAAAAGUGGCCAGUGCUCUAUCCCUUAGCAAGCACCAGGAUGCCACUGUGUCCGCAUAUCACAACCUCAUGAAAACAGAUCCGCAUUCACUAGCAGAAACACCGAGAAAAUCGGGUAAUUACGGAAAAAAGAAGGAGGCUCCUAGAAAAUCCACCUUCAGCAAGAAGUCCACAAGAGCAGUUAAGUCCAAGGCUGCAGCAGAAGACGAAGCAGUCAUGGAGAGCCUAAUGGGCAGCGCCAAACAGCUCGCAUCCUUUGAGAGCAUCAUGGGAAAUAAAGAAAACUCUCUCAUGCAGAAUAACUCACUGCUCGCACAGUUCAUAACAGGAGGCGCAUCAAGCGAUCUUCUGUCCAAGGGCGCAGAGUAUGCACAUGAAUACAACAAUGAGCUAGUGCCAGGCUCCAUGGAGGAAGAAAUGAAAAUGAACGAAGAAGAGCAGGACCCAGCGAUCACCUUCGACACGUCAGCAUCAUCAAAGAAGUCAAAGAAAAACCACAAAAAAGAACAGAAGAAAGAACAGAAGAAAGAGCCAAGCCCAGCAAGGAGGUUCUUUUCAGAAAACAGCCUAAGAAAGAAAGAGCAGAUGAAAGAGAGCGCAAAGCCAGCCACUCUGAAGAAGCUGAUAGCCAAGGCCACCGAGCCACUGGAGCACGCUCUCCUCUCUGACUCUGUAAAACCAGAAGAAAGCGCAAAGAGCGCGGAGAGUGUGGACAUGAAGAAAAUAGCAGAAAUGAAAAUGUACUUGGAGAAAAUGAAAAAAGAAAUAAGCCAGAUGAAUGAACUACUUGCGCAUGCAACAAAAGCUUCAGAAGAGAAAGAGCCAACGUUCUCUGAAGCACAGAAAAUACCCAAAAAAAGUAGAGCAUUCGGCAGUUCCCUGGCAGAGAAGAGAAAGAGCAUGCUAAGGAUGAACGAGAAGCUAUCAGCACACGAAAUAUAA